CAUUUGGAUGGCGGUGUGCGGCGAAAUUACUAGAAUUCACGGUUAAACAAAACACCUUUAUCAAUUGAAACCCACCCCUAGGUGUUUUCUCCAAGUGUUUUCUCUGAAUUGAAAAUCUAUUGGCGCGGCUCUCUUCUCUGAAUCCCUAUUGCACUGCAAGUUCAUCCGCCGCAGUCUCAUUGCGCCCUUCUUGAUCCUCUAUCACCCUUCAUUCCUCCCACCCACACCCCUGCCAUCGUAUCCUACUUCAUCUCUGCCUUUUCAUUCUCUUGCAGUCAGUUCCUCCUUCCCUCUGCCUUAUUGUGCACUAUCUCACUUCGCGUAGUCAUGGCCUUCCGCGCAGUCACAGUCGCAAUCGCCCUCGACACAGUUUGCAGCUGCCAUCAUCCUCCGCGCAGUUUCCACUCGCUCAUGGCUGUGUUUUUUAAUGUUGUUGGUGGAUGGACACUUGCAAAGACCGCUAGAAAUCUUGCAAUAACAACUGCAAUUUAUAGCAGUUUCAUGGAGUUCCCUAUCCCAAAAGGUGUUGCAUUCAUAGGUGAAGUUGGCCUCGGUGGAGAGCUGCACAUGGUUCCAAAAAUAGAGAAAAAGGUAAACACUGUGGUAAAGCUAGGCUACAGAACUUAUGUUGUACCAAACUAAGCUGAAAAGGUUUUAGAAACUGAAGGUCUAGGAAAUAUGACAGUUA